AUGAAUCUCAGUCUACCUGUCAGGAGUGCUAGUCGGAGAAACGAUGAAAGUCGGAAUCAUUACACCUCUGGCAACCACACACCUACUUCUUCAACGGAAGUAAUCGCCGGACCAAUACGAGAGCCAGCACCUGUGACUGAGAGACUAAUUGUUGGACUAGAUUUUGGGACAACAUAUUCUGGUGUUGCUGUUGUAUAUACAUCUAAUCCUGAUGAUGUAGAUAUUAUCAAAACUUGGCCUGGAAGUAAUGGAAUCACAUCCGACAAAGUUCCAACGGAAAUAGGGUACUCCAGACCGCCAGGAUCACCUACAGGGACUGAAUCAACGAUAAAAUGGGGUUGUCAAUUCCGUCCUGAGGAACCCCGACUACGAUGUAUCAAAUUAUUUCUCGACCGGUCUCAAAAAUUACCUUUUUACGUCAGUCCGGCUGAAACUGCCAACUUGCUAAAGGAGCACAGCAAAAACGUUGUUGAUGCUGUCAGUGAUUAUUUGACUCAAAUUCAUAAGCACACAAUCGAGACUUUAACUCGCCGAUAUGGAGAAUUAUUCAUGUCAACUACGAAAGUCGAGUUUGUCCUUACUUGUCCAGCGGUCUGGUCUGAUGCGGCGAAGAACACAACACUUCAAGCUGCGGAAAGAGCAGGAAUGGGUGACAAAUCAGCCAUCCAAAUGAUCAGUGAGCCGGAAGCAGCUGCUGUCUAUACGCUGAAAGCCAUUCAACCAAAUCACCUACAAGUCGGUGACAAUUUUGUGGUGUGUGAUGCCGGAGGUGGCACAGUAGAUCUCAUUGCUUAUAAAAUUAUAUCUCUCAAACCACUGCGAGUAGAAGAGUCAGCGGUAGGUACCGGAGGACUUUGCGGGAGCGCAUUUCUUAAUUAUCGAUUCGAGGAACAUUGCAAGAGUAGGAUAGGGGUCGAACGAUUUGAAGAGAUGAAAAUGAAGAAAGCCAAAUCAUGGCAAACGGGAUUAAAGUACUGGGAAGAAUAUGUGAAACGAGAUUUUGAUGAAGACAACAAUACUGAAUUCAAUAUUCCUCUUCCAGGUCUACCAGAUGACAUAGAUGCCGGUUUGGAUUGUGGAUUUUUCAUCAUGACAACUGCUCAAGUUAAAGACAUUUUUGAGCCAGUUGUAAAAGAGGUGUGUGAUUUGGUUCAAGGCCAAGUUGAUGGUAUUAGAAGGAAAGGAGGUAUCGUCUCUGGUAUCGUACUUGUCGGUGGUUUUGGACAAAGCAAUCAUCUAUAUAAAAGGUUAAAAGCGCAUUUUAACAGCGCAGCUCCGCCACCCUAUAGCGAACGUCCAACGCACGCACAAUCUAUGGCCUUAGCAGAAAGCAACUCGGUGGAGGUGAUGCAACCUAUAAAUGCAUGGACUGCUGUGGUCCGAGGAGCCGUUCUCAAAGGAUUAGAAGGAAGUGUGGUGGUAUCCAGGAAAGCGAGAAUGCAUUAUGGAACCUCGUAUGCAACAGUUUAUGAUGAGGAUAAACAUGAUGUUAGUGAAAGAUACUGGAGUCCAUUAUGGGAAAGAUGGAUGGGUGAUACUCUUAGCACAGAUACUCCAGUCUCCUUUCACUACACGCGUAAUUUCCGUCCAGGACAAUCACUCAUCGUAUCCGAUGAUCUGAUCGCUUGUGAUUCUGACGGCGAACCUCCAGCUUCCGACACAAAGGAUCUCAUAGGCGUGUGCACGCUAACGACGGAUUUGGGCGCUGUACCAAAGAGUAUGUAUACGAGAUUGACGACGACAAGGGGAGUCGAAUUUCUCAAUUUGGAUUUUACACUCGAGAUGGUGGUGGAGAGUGCGGGGUUGGCUUUUGAGUUGAAGGUUGAUGGGCGUAGGUAUGGGAGGGUGGAAGUGGAGUUUCAUUGA